AUGGCAAAUUUAAAAAAAUAUAUAGAUAUUGGAGCAAACUUAACUGACGGUAUGUACCGAGGAAUCUAUCACGGUUCUAGGAAACAUGACCCAGAUUUACACAAGGUCUUAGACCGUGCAUGGUCAGGGGGUCUCAAUAAAAUUAUUAUUACUGGAGGAAGCCUGUCAGAAAGUAAAGAGGCUUUACAACUGGCACGUACAGAUUCAAGAUUGUUUUCUACUGUAGGAUGUCAUCCAACUAGAUGUGAUGAAUUUCUUAGUGAUAGUCCUGAAACAUACCUCAGUGAUCUUAGUGACUUAAUAUUGGACAACAAAGACAAAGUUGUUGCUAUUGGAGAAUUUGGCCUGGACUAUGAGAGACUAAAUUUUUGUCAAAAGGAUGUUCAACUCAAAUAUUUUGAAUUACAAUUGCAGUUAUGUCAUAAUCACAAAUUGCCACUGUUUCUGCACUGCAGAGAGGCUGCUGAUGAUUUGGUAUCGAUUUUAGAGAAACAUCGGGAUAGUAUUACUGGUGGAGUUGUUCAUUCCUUUGAUGGCUCCUAUAAUGCCCUUCAAAAGAUUUUAGAAUUAAAUUUGCACAUAGGUAUAAAUGGAUGCUCAUUAAGAACAGAAGAAAAUCUAGAAGUUGUUGCAAAGAUACCACAAGAUAAGUUACUUAUUGAAACCGACAGCCCUUGGUGUGAAGUUAAACCAACACACCCAGGACACAAACAUGUAGUUACAAAACGACCAACAGUUAAAAAAGAAAAGUUGACUCUGGAAAAUGAUAGUCUUGUGAAAGGGAGAAAUGAACCUGUAAAUAUUGUACAAGUUUUGGAAAUUUUAGCGGCAAUACGAAAUGAAGACAUCAACGAACUUGCAGAAGCUAUUUAUGAAAAUACCACCAAGUUAUUUUUUAAGGAUAAAACAUGUUAA